UUCCAAAGCAUCUAGUCUGUGCGUGAUCCAGGUACGGAGUAUGUCCAUGGCAUAUCAAAGUACCAAAACAUUCCAACUACUGCAGCCGUACUUGAACCCUCUUGCGGGUGUUCUAACAAAGUAGGCUCUCAUCACCAUGUUCAAUGAACUCACAACACCCAAGAUCAAUCUUUCGGAAAAACACGGUCCACGCCAUUCACUCCACAAAACCACAAGACUCUCAUUUUUUCAAUCGGAAGAGAAAGCUAACAAUUUUCACAAUUUCUCCAUCCUCUCAACCAGAUCAGAUACCAAAACUACAGCCAACCCAACCACGAGCAAUUCCCCCCCAUCAAGACUCAUAGACCGCAAGCGGAAACGCCACACCCGCCCGCUGGCUGCACGACGAGAACCCCGACCCCGAGUGUCCGCACUGAAUGAUAUCGUAGCCGACAGUUCCCCGGGCGCGCCUCGUGACCUUCUUUCCGUUCUUCUUCUUCCUAUUCAGAACGUUCAGUAAAUACUUAGGAAAGAGCAGGGAAAUGGUGGGGAAAGGGGGUGAAAACGUACGAGAUGUGCUUGACGUCAAGUUUGAA